UCAUACAUUUUUUUUCUUUUAUUUUACUGAAAAAGAGAAAAAGAAAAAAAAAAAAAAUCGGUAUCUAAAAAACUGACCGCCUCGCGUUGUCGCUUCUUUGCCUACUUCCGAUUCCUUCUUCUUCUUCUCUCUCUCUUAAAUCUGCUGCCAUCGUAAUCCUCUCCGCCUCUCUAGGGUUUUUAUCCGUCUCUCUCUCGUGUUUCCCCCAGAGCUUAUAUGUUCGUUGGCAUUCGCUUAAUCGCUUCUGAUUCAUGAGGUGGCAUUACGAUGGAUUGUAAGGAGAACGGUAUUAGUGGCUCUCUUUCUGGCGAUUUGAAUGCUAAUUCUCUGGGUUUAAAGUCUCCUCCGAGUUCUUCUGGGUACAAUUUAGAUUCAGUCACUAGUUUGGAGACUCCUCAGGUUGCGUCGGUUGUAAAGUCAACUAAGGAGGGUCAAAGGAAGUGCUUUAUAGAUAGCGAGAGAAUGGGAGAUGAAAUCAGUAACUGUAAUGAACAUACUGGGAACUCUGAUGAUGGUUUAGAUUUUUGUUGCGACGCUGAAGACACUCAGAAGCAGGAAGUGGUUUCCGAUGAGGUUCAACAAUCUCAACAAUUCCUUUGUGAUGCUGAUUUACUGGUAGACUGCAACAAGCUGGAUGAUGGAAAGGAGAGUCAGGACACCAAAUUUUCCCUUGUAUCCAUUGUUUCUGGGAGUAUGCAAGAGGAAGGAGCUCCUCAGGCGAUAGUAGAUGAAGGGUGUGGUGGCACAAUAUUUCCUAUAGGAGACAAUGGAAUAGAGAAUGAAUCGAAUUUAUUGAAUGAUGAUGUACCAGAACAAAUGGGGUCUUUCGAAACCGCAAAGCACAUAAACCCUGAUGAAGUUGGCAGUGAUGGUAUUACCUCUACCUUUGAUGCUGGAGAUAAGGAAGGAAGAAAUGAACCAUCGAGUGAUCAAGAUUCUGGUUCUUCUGAUGAUAUAUCAUUCUUUCAGAGUUGUCCGUUUCCAGAUACGAUAAUGGACUCUGGUGUAUUUGGCUGUAGCCCUGCAGAAGAUUAUCUGAAUGAUUCAAGUGAAAUUGAAGGCAAUCUGCCUAUUGUGGUAUCCCCUUCAUUAGCUAUUACAGGCAUGCUAAGUAAUAAUGACGGUGGCCGAUGUUCAUAUGAUCUUGAUGACAUCGGACACACAGAGACAGUCGAACCGGAUUUGAAGCUGGGACAGCAGGAUGAGCUUGACAAUGAUCUUUCCGAAAAGAAUGAAAAGAUUCUAAAAGAUCAUGUUGGGGAUUCAUCAAUUGAUAGUGCUGUGGCCGCUUUGAGUAUGAAUAAUGGUAUAGCUGCUGAUCUGAGAGCUGAAAUUUUCAGUCAGAUAUCACCCAUAAACGAAAAUACUUUAGGUAUUGAAGCCAACUCCCAUAUUACUGACUCUUCUUUGAUGUGGAAUUUUCCAUCGACCUUUGGAAAUGGAGACAUCGAAGUCUGUAAUCCUGACAAUGCAGUUGAGCCACUCAGAAUAGUGGAUGGCAAUGGCAGAAUAGGUGGUGAAGUUGCUUCUGCAUCAGGGACUAAUUUUUGUGAAAUUGGCUUGUCUUCUUCCCGUAGGAAGUCCCGACAUGGUAAACAUUGUAAAAAGGCGCAGACAAAAAGGAGUGCCCCCCAUCCGAGAAAAUCCUCUAGAAAGAAACAAUCAGCAGGAAACCUUGAUUCAGUUUUUAAGUGCUCAAAGCAGAAGAGGAGCUCUCUUUUAAAAACAAGCCGUUCAUCUGAGUGGGGAUUGCCUAGCAGGACCACUGAAAUCUUCUUACAGAGCAAUAAUAUUCCCUAUGAUGGACCUCCGCAUCAUGAUGCGCAGAAAUCUCAGAGCAAUCCUAAAAAUGGAGAGUAUAAUAGAAGUUCUCAUAACGGAUAUGUAGAAGGAUCUAACAAAAACAUCCAAGCAUCAAGUGGCUCUUGCCUACGUUUGAAAGUUAAAUUUGGUGGUGGCCAAAAUCCUAUGAACAUUACAGUCUCUAAGGUCAGUGGUAACUCUUUUCCUGCUAAUGGUAUUGUUAAGGCAGGAUCAAGUCUAGAAUUGCCAGGAUCAACAAAUUUUGCUGUGGAUAAACUGCAAAAUGGGGAAACUAAAGAGGACUUGGAAGAGAAAAACAACCUUGUGGAGAAAGUUCCAUAUCUGCAAUCAUCUGAUUUUAUGAGGGAUGAGAAACAAGACGAUGGGGGGUUUUGUAGGAAGCCGGGUGGUGAUGUUUUAGAUGAUGACCCACACCUUUCCACUAGUAUAAUGGUUGAAGAGUGCGAGAGGGCCACUGGGACGCGGUCCCUAGAUGCUGAAACUUCACCAGAUUCCGAAGUUAUUAACUCUGUGCCUGAUUCGAUUGUUAAUAUUGAACAGAAAGGGGGUUUGCAUCAUGGUGUUUACAGCGCUCCAGAAGAUGUGGUCGGAAAGAACAGAGGAUUAGAAAAAAAAGAUAAAUUGUCUGCUUCAAAAUCUCUUUUGGAAAAUGGUUCACAUCUAAUUCUCAGUGCUAAAAAGAGUAAAGAUGCUAAGUCUAAAAGGAAAGUAACAAAGAAAGGGAAAUCCAAGCUUUCUGAAUCUGCUAAAGACAGGAGAAAAAAUGAAUCUCAUGAGGGAGUAGAGCAACGUCAAUCCAUGAAUAGCAGUAAUGAAAGGGAUGAUAGUGAUCAUCUUGAAGUAGGGGGGAUAGAGUCUCACAAGACAACAGGUGCCCUUCUAGAUGCAGAUAAUGGGAAAACCAGUGCCAUUAAUGGUACCAUAUCAUCAGAUGUGAACCUUGGGGAACUGGUUGUGGACGGUACUAUUGAGGAUAGCUCUUCCUCAGAGAGUGCCUGGGUUCGAUGUGAUGAUUGCUAUAAAUGGCGACGGAUACCUGCUUCUGUUGUAGGAUCAAUUGACGAGAGCUCCAGAUGGAUCUGUAGGAACAACUCAGAUACAAAAUUUGCGGAUUGCUCAAAAUCUCAAGAGAUGUCAAAUGAAGAUAUUAAUGAAGAGUUGGGCAUAGGACAGGAGGAAGCAGAUGCAUAUGAUUGUGAUUUGGCUAAAAGAGGGAAAGAAAAGGAACAGAAGAGCAAGCGUUUGACAGUUCUUGCAGGUAAACAAAAGGCGUGCUUCAAGGCUAUAAAAACUAACCAGUUUCUUCAUCGCAAUCGUAAAUCUCAAACAAUUGACGAGGUAAUGGUUUGUCAUUGCAAACCACCACCUGAUGGUAGGUUGGGUUGUGGAGAAGAAUGCCUCAAUAGAAUGCUUAACAUUGAAUGUCUUCCCAGUACGUGCCCGGCUGGCGAAUUGUGUUCAAAUCAGCAGUUUCAAAAACGGAAGUAUGUUAAGUUUGAGAGAUUCCAAUCUGGUAAGAAGGGUUAUGGCCUGAGAUUGCUCGAAGAUGUACGAGAGGGACAAUUCCUUAUUGAGUAUGUUGGAGAGGUGCUUGAUAUGCAAUCCUACGAGUCUCGCCAAAAGGAAUAUGCUUGCAAGGGUCAGAAACAUUUCUAUUUCAUGACACUGAAUGGGAAUGAGGUAAUAGAUGCUGGUGCCAAGGGAAAUUUAGGGCGUUUCAUUAACCAUAGCUGUGAACCAAACUGUCGUACUGAAAAGUGGAUGGUGAAUGGUGAAAUUUGCGUUGGAAUAUUCUCCAUGCAAGACCUUAAGAAGGGUCAAGAGUUGACAUUUGACUACAACUAUGUGAGGGUUUUUGGUGCUGCUGCCAAAAAGUGCUAUUGCGGAUCAUCACAUUGCCGAGGGUAUAUUGGGGGGGAUCCCCUGAACGGUGAUGUAAUUAUUCAAAGUGAUUCAGAUGAAGAGUAUCCUGAACUUGUGAUCCUUGAAGAAGAUGAAAGUGGGGAAGGAAUCUUAGAUGCAACAUCUAAGACCUUCAUUGAUGACGUUGACGAGCAAAUGCCACAGAACUCUGAAAUGGUUAAUGGUUCCAAGGACCAUGCUCCUGAUAAUGCCGAAUUACAGAGCUCGGUAUCUUUACCACUUCCAGAUCGAGAAAUUCUUCCACCUCUUCAGCCGAUUGGAGUUUUGAAGGAACUUUGGUCAGACACGCCUGCUAGUUCUGUCCGGCAGGAGGCUCAUGUUGAAAAGAAGACUAAAAGCACAUCUCCCACGUCUAAUUCUCUUAGCAGGCUGUCCUCGGAUGGUGCAAAUGCUGAUAAGAUGACAAAGCAUGGAUCGGGGGAAGAUAAAAAGAUACUUCCACGACCCCGUCCUCGUAUGAAAACUUCUCGUUCAUCUGGGUCGAGUAAGCGAGACAAAGGAGGUAGUCUUCCUGGUGUUAACAAAGCACAGGUUAUACCAGUGAGUAAGUUGCAACAACAGCCCAUCAAAUCUAAAGGAUCAGAGGAAGUUUCUCCCAGCGGACGUGUUGAAACAUUUGAGGGGAAACUGAACGAGUUACUAGAUGUUGCGGGAGGGAUAAGCAAGCGGAGGGAUUCAGCAAAAGGCUACUUAAAACUUCUGCUUCUCACUGCCGCUUCCCGAGGCACGAAUAAUGAAGGAAUUCAAAGCAAUCGAGAUCUUUCAAUGAUUCUUGAUGCCCUUUUGAAGACAAAGUCAAAAUCUGUUUUAGUGGAUGUAAUCAACAAGAAUGGUCUGCAAAUGUUACAUAAUAUCAUGAAACAAUACCGGAGUGAUUUUAAAAAGACCCCUAUACUCCGGAAACUUCUGAAGGUAUUAGAGUAUCUUGCUACAAGGGAAAUCCUUGCACUGGAGCAUAUAAUCAGAAGGCCUCCGUGUGCAGAGAUGGAAAGCUUUAAGGAUUCUAUUCUAUCUUUCACUGAGCAUGAGGACAAACAGGUUCAUCAAAUUGCACGGAAAUUCCGAGACAGAUGGAUCCCUAAACCUUUUAGAAAACAUUGGCCCAUCAACAGGGAGGAGAGAUCCGAGUCUAUGAGGUCACCUAUAAACAGCAGGUUCAGAGCAUCACAAGAGCCUAAAUAUAAUCAUCAGUCCCCAAGACCUGCAGAACCAGUUGCGUCUGUCAAAACAUCAAUGGCUACAACUCCUGAAACAGCAUCUGUAUCUGAGGGAUAUUCAGAACCUAAUUCCAGUCUCCCUGAGACAAAUGGACGCAAGCGCAAAAGCAGAUGGGACCAGCCAUCUAUGACCAAAGAACAAAGAACGUCUAAUGGAAAUCAGGAUGUCCAAGAUGACCUUCCACCCGGGUUUACAUCACCUUGCACGGAUGUGCCUGAUGCAAUUACUGCGAAGCCGCAACAAAAGUUCCUUUCUCGGUUACCGGUAUCCUAUGGUAUUCCACUUAGCAUUGUUCAUCAAUUUGGUUCACCCGGCAAAGAGGACCCGACCACCUGGUCUGUUGCUCCUGGCAUGCCGUUCUAUCCAUUUCCACCUCUACCCCCAGUGUCUCAUGGUGAGUUUUUUGCCAAGAGAAACGGAACAGUCUGUUCCUCCUCCAUGGGAAACCCGACUUGCUCCAUUGAGACCUUACCGGCUAUAACUGAACCCAACCAAUCCUGUUGUAACACCUCAAGUAUUGCCGUGAAUGACUCACCCGCUCCAAACCGGAAGAGAGAGUUUUCAUCCUAUAUAGGAACAAGUUAUUUUCGGCAACAGAAACAGAACAUUCCCCCAUGGAUGCGGAACAAUGGGUGGGAAAAAACAGCAAACAGCCCUAUACCUGGAAAUUUAACUGUAGAGAAGAAGCUCAACAAUUAAGUAUUCUUAACUUUAGAGAAGUACACAGCCAAUGAAGUUGUUAUGGAGACUAGGCAGCUCUUGAGGAGAAUUACAGUGGUUGAUUGGUUAGUUUUGCUCAUAGGAAGAUCCCCUUUUAGGGGACUCAUGUGCGUUUCUUUUCUUUCCUUUUCAACUCCUUUUUCAGUAUAUUCUAAAUUCUUUUGUUUAUGAUCAAAAGCAAAAACAUUCUACUAUAAUUAAAAGGUCACAUUUCAUUGUAAUAGCAAAUCACAUUCUUUUACUCCAAAGAAGUUUUAAGUUACACUGA